CACACAGAGUCUAUUUUUUAUUUCUUGCAGCUGGUCUCAUGCUUCAGCCAAAAUGUCUCUGGACAGCUGCAAAUUUCUCUCAUAAAAGAGAUGAGGGGAUGGAGGUUUUUCUUCGAUGGAGUGAGAUGAGAGGAAAUUCCCACUCCUGAGGAAUGACAGAGAGAGAAAGAAAGAGAGGAAAGAGAGGAAGAGAAGGCGGGAAGUGACAGGAGGAAGUGCUUGGACUGGGCACGUCCUGUCGUUGCCUCGUUCAGACCCUCAAUGUUUUCAUUGUAUUCCCUGGAUGUGUUUGGAGGAAAACUCCACCCUGAGAAGCACGAGCCAUGGUGAAGAUGAAGCUGUUUCUCUCGCUGGAGAACGGGAAAAGCCAGCUGCAGCAGGCUCAGGAUGACGUGGAGGAGGUGCGUGGCAUCAUGCUGGACAACCUGAACAAGGCCAGUGAGAGGGAAGGGAAACUGGGAGACCUGGAGAACCGAGCUGACAAUCUACUGGAACAGAGCAAAGUUUUUUCCAAAACUGCGAACCAAGUGAAGCAAAAGAAGCGAUGGGAGAACAAUAGGCUGAAGGUGAUCAUAGGAGUCAUCUGCGCAGUCGUCCUGAUAUCCGUCAUCAUCAUCGUCACCACGGUCUCCCUUAGGUCUUCUUAAUAAGAAAGAUAAUACAAAUUUUGCUGGGAAAAAAAAGAAGAAAGAGUCGUCUUGCUUUGUUAUUUUUUUUUCUUUUUCGCGGGUUGCUCAGGAAAAUCGGAGAUCAUUUCAUAAAAGCUCAAAGUACUUUCAAGCGUCGCCUUUGUCCCGUCUUCAGAUCUCCGAGGCAUCCCUUCAAAGAUCUGGUGGUACCUGUGGACGUUAGCUGCUGCCGUCUUUUGCUUUCAUUUCUACUUGACCUAUUUGCGCCUUUGUGCAAACAUCUGGACUCGAAACAGGAGCCGGUGGAUGAGGACACUGAAGCCGAAGGUGAAACCACUUUCGAAAGCAUUUCUGCUGGAAUGGAUUUGGAUGAUGGUGUUGGUCAUAGUGUUACUCUUCAAACUGAGGAAUGAAGACUUUCAAAAAAUGUGAUUGUGGAUUAUUAAUGGUGAACUUAAAGAAUCCAUCCUGUCAGGACACUCUUAGAAAAGAAAAGAAAAAAAAAAACGGGUCGCUGUUAGGAACCUUGAAUGGAAAAUCCACAACGUAGGAUAAAAUUCUGUGGAGAAAUUGUUACUAAAUGCUACUACGAAGUUCAGUCUUGAAUGGGUGUCUAUUUUUUUUUUUUUUAAAGAUCUAAUUAGAUCCCACUUUGAAUGUUAUUUCGCUAAACCGAUUAGCCACCCGUACAACCUAGCAUUGAACUUUCUUUUCUAAGAGUGCAAGCUUGUUUAAUUUGCAAAGAUUCCAAUUUCUAUUGCCUGUAAAAGUAAAUAACGCUUCACAAAAGCUUGUUGUCGUUCAGCAUUGCGAGCCACGUUCUUUCGCCUCUGAUUCAGGUGCGUCCGAACUUCAUGCUGCUACAAUUAAAGCAAAUGUGGUAUUUUUUUCCUUUUGUCGUUUUUGAGUUGUCAAUUUGUUUGUAAGACCGAUGAUGAUUUUUGUCCUAAAUACAAAACAUUUCGUUCA